AUGAGGCCUUUCCUGUGCCAGAUUCCUGACUGCGGCAAGGCAUUCUACAGACAAUCGCAUCUGGAGGUCCAUAUGUGGUCCCAUUCCAGUACAAAACCGUUGAGUUGCAGCGUUUGCCACAAGGGCUUUGUCACGUCACAACAGCUGCUUAGACACAAAGCAAAACACCACGAGCGAGAGCUAAUUUGCCCCCACGGAUGCGCCGAGAAAUUCCAGUCACAGCAGGAAUUAGGCGACCAUAUGUUGCUUACACAUCUUCUCAACAACGUUACAGAUAGCAACAGGGACGAUACGUGGGACGAUCUGUUUUGCAAAGAGAAUGAGUGCGCCGGCUACCCGCAGUACGACUCGUCUGUUAGUCUGUUUCGACACUAUGACGAUUUUCACGAAAUGAUGCCAGAGUCGUUGUUUACGUAUUUUGUGGAGUCUCCAAAUGGUUUGCAGGCACCUGAAGCAUCUGAGCCGUCAUACGACUGA